GGGGGGGGUCCCACGCCACGGCCGAAGACAAUGGAGGAGGAGUCCCCGUCGGUCCCCGACUUCCUGGAGGAUGGUGACAGUAAUGGGCCCUUCCCGCUGGAGGACCCCGAGGCCACCAGCUCCCCACCGCCGCCAUCGGGACCGGCCACCGCCACCGAGCUGCUGCCAGGUGAGGAGGAGGAAGAAGAGGUUGAAGAUGGCGGCGGGGAGGCCACCCCGCGUCCCUACCGCUGCGGCGAGUGCGGCAAAGCCUUCGCCCAGAGCUCCAACCUCCUGAAGCACCGGCGGGUGCACACGGGCGAGCGGCCCUACCGCUGCGGGGAGUGCGGCAAGGCUUUCGGCUGGAGCUCGUCCUUGCUGGAGCACCGCAAGGGCCACGCCGGGGCCAAGCCCCACGCCUGCGGCGAGUGCGGCAAAGCCUUCAGCCGAGGGUCCACCCUCUUGGAGCACCAGCGGACCCACACCGGCGAGAAACCCUUCCGCUGCGGGCAGUGCGGCGCCCGCUUCAGCCAGAGCUCCACCUUGGUCCACCACCGGCGGACCCACACCGGCGAGCGGCCCUACGGCUGCCCCGAAUGUGGCCGGGCUUUCGGUCGUAAGUCCACCCUGGCCACCCACCGGCGGACCCACACCGGCGAGCGACCCUACGGCUGCCCCGAAUGCGGCCGUCGCUUUGCCGUCAGCUCCGACCUGGCCAAGCACCGACGGGGAGCCCAUGGUGGGCACCGGUGCCGGGACUGUGGCGAGCAGUUCCCCCGGCUGGCAGCAUUGGCUGGACACCGGAAGAAACAUCACGGUGGUGACGGCAAGGACCGGGGUGAUGCCACCAAGGACCACGAUGAUGGCGAUGACCACGACAACGACCGGCCGCACCGCUGCGAGGAGUGCGGCCAGGCCUUCCGGCACGGCGGCACCUUGCUCCUCCACCGGCAGACUCAUGCCGGUGCCUUCGCCUGCCCACUCUGCCCUGAGCGUUUUGAGGGCAGCGCCCAGCUGGCCCGGCACCGCCGGCGCCGGCACGGUCCAGCGGCCAAGCCCUACCGCUGCGAAGCUUGCGGCAAAGCAUACGCCCAACCAGCCGGGCUGCGGCACCACCAGCCAGAGCAGCCAUUGGGAUGUCCCCACUGCGGAGCCGCCUUCCUCUGGAGCUGCCGGUUGGCCCGGCACCUCCGGGCUUGCCGCCCACCCGCCAAGCCCUACAAGUGCCCGGAGUGCGGCAAAGCCUUCGGGCAGAGCUCCAAGCUCCUCCGGCACCAGGUGACCCACACCGGCGAGAAGCCCUACAAGUGCCCCGAAUGCGGCAAGAUCUUCAGCCAGAGCUCCAACCUGGCCGAGCACCGGCGGACCCAUGGGGCGGGCGAGCGGCACUUCUGCCCGCUCUGCGGCAAGGGCUUUGCCCUCGGCUCCUACCUGGCCAAGCACCGGUUGACGCACACCGGCGAGCGGCCCUACCGCUGCACCGAGUGCGGGAAGGCGUUCCGGCAGAGCUCCAACCUCAUCCAGCACCAGCGGACCCACACCGGCGAGCGACCCUACACCUGCGGGCUCUGCGGCAAGAGCUUCUGCCAGAACUCCCACCUGGCCAAGCACCGGCGCACCCACACUGGCGAGCGGCCCUACCGCUGCGGGGACUGCGGCAAGAGCUUCCGGCAGAGCGCCAACCUCCUGGAGCACCGGCACACGCACACCGGCGAGCGGCCCUACCGCUGCGCCCAGUGCGGCAAGACCUUCGGGUGGAGCUCAGCCUUCAGCAAGCACCAGCGCACCCACCUCGGCAGCAGGACGCCGCCGAAGCCCUACCGCUGCACCGAGUGCGGGAAGACUUUCGGGCAGAGCUCCAACCUGAUCGAGCACCAGCGGACCCACACGGGCGAGCGUCCCUUCACCUGCGGCCAAUGCGAGAAGAGCUUCAGCCGCAGCUCCACCUUGGCCGAGCACCUCCGGACCCACACCGGCGAGAAGCCCUACGCCUGCCCGAUCUGCGCCCGUGCCUUCAGCCGCAGCUCCACCUUGACCGAGCAUCGCCGCACCCACACCGGUGAGACGCCCUACGCCUGCCCCGAGUGCGGCAAGACCUUCGGCCGGACCUCCAACCUGGUCAAACAUCUCCGGACCCACACCGGGGAGAAGCCCUACGGCUGCGGGCGCUGUGGGAAGACCUUCAGCCUCAGCUCCAACCUGGUCAAGCACGAGAGGACCCACACUGGGGAGAAGCCCUUCUCCUGCGGGCAAUGCGGGAAGCGCUUCAAGAAGAAGACCCACUUGGCAUCCCACCAACGGACCCACACUGGCGAACGGCCCUACCGGUGCGGGGAGUGCGGGAAGGCCUUCGGGCAGAGCUCCACGCUCAUCGAGCACCAGAGGACCCACACGGGCGAGCGACCCUUCCGCUGCGGCGCCUGCGGCAAGAGCUUCUGCGUCAGCUCCAACUUGGUCAAGCACCAACGCAUCCACACCGGCGAGAAGCCCUACGGCUGCGGGCGCUGCGGCAAGCGCUUCCGCUACAACUCCCACUUCAGCAAACACCGGCGGACCCACACCGGUGAGAAACCCUUCCUCUGCCUCCAUUGUGGGAAGAGCUUCAACGUCAGCUCCAACCUCUACCGGCAUCAACGGGCUCACGCCGCCGAACGGCCGGGUCCGCCGGCUCCGCCGGCGCGUCCCCGUGGGUUGCCGUAUAAAUGCGAGGAGUGUGGGAAGAGUUUUCGCCGUAACAAGGAGCUGGUGACCCACCAACGGUUGCACACCGGUCGCUUGCCCUUCCAAUGCGGUCACUGCGGUAAGAGCUUCAGUUGGAGCUCCCAUUUUGACCGGCACCAACGCGUCCAUACCGGUGAGAAGCCCUACCAGUGCCCUGAAUGCGGUAAGCGUUUUAGCCGUAGCUCCCACCUCUACCGGCACCAACGCACCCACGCCGGCGGUCGCUCUUACAUCUGCACCUAUUGCGGGCGUAGUUUUGGUAGCACCCUCCAUUUUGACCGGCACCAACGCACUCACACCGGCCAACGACCGUACAAGUGCACCCUGUGCCGGAAAAGUUUUGGCGAUGGGCCGGCGUUAGUCAAACACCAACGCCUUCAUCUGGGUGAUGGUCCUUUCCGUUGUGAAGAGUGCGGUAAAGCCUUCGGCGCCCGCGCCCAAUACGCCCGGCAUUGGCGUAGCCUCCACGGCGGCGGUGAGAAACCGUACCGUUGCGGUGAUUGCGGGAAGAGUUUUUCCUGGAGCUCGCAUUGGGAACGACAUCAACGUAUCCAUACCGGCGAACGACCCUACCAAUGCGGGGACUGCGGCAAACGUUUCGGCCGGACCUCCCAUCUCUACCGGCAUCAACGUACCCACGCCGGCGGGCAACCUCACAUCUGUGCCGAUUGCGGGAAGAGCUUCAACAGCACCCUACACUUCCAUAAGCACCAGCGGGCUCACGCCGGUCCCCGGCACGCCUGUCCCGAUUGCGGCAAGGCGUUUGCCGACAGUUCGGCGUUGGCUAAGCACCGACGGGCGCACGCCGGUGAGAAGCCUUUCCCUUGCCCGCAGUGCGGCCGGCGUUUCGGCGUCAGUUCCCAUCUUCACCGUCAUCUCCGUAGCCACGGCGAGGAGGAGCCAGCGGAGGAGCCGCCGGAUGACCUCACGCCCCGUUAACCGGGGGACGGGGAGAGGGGGGGACAUAGGGUUGACCCCCCGGGUGGCUCCCAUCCCCCCACCACUGCCGCGGGGUGCCUAGCCCCUAGGCGUGAUGGGUGCCACGGGGAUGGGUGCUCCCAAGUCGGUGAUGUCCGCGGGUGGCACCAACCCCGGCCCUGAGGACGUAGUUUUUGUAGGGUAGAGUAGGAAGGUAGGGUAGAUAGGGGAGGAUGGAGA